GCUGCCUCUGUUUGCUCCGCACAUCAGCAGCGGAGCUCCUCUCUCUCUCAGGCCAGCAGGCAGAGGCAGCGCGUCCGCCCGGAGAGAGACACCGCAGCGCAUAGCGUUACUCCCGGCUGAACCGUUAUCAUAUUCACGGUCUUCCCUAAUGGAUGUCUCCCCUUAUACCGCCUUUUGACACUGGACGGUGCUCUUGUGGCCGCAUUCAACGUGAGAAACACAUCAUCCCCGGCUUGGUUGUUUCGUUUUUUUUUUCUCGACGACACGGAGAGGACCACACUCCCCCCAUCGUUAGCUCGCUAAGCUAGCUAGCCCGCUAACUUAGCUGUGAUACUUUGUACCGUACUGGCGUCAGUUUUCUGCCUCGUAGCUAGACUGCGGUGUCUUGCGCCACAGAGGUGGAAGGAGGUGCCCUGUCCCCAAAGGAGCAUGUUUGAGUGACGCGCAAAGGAGGAAGUGGGAUCUCUGAAGCUCCGCCCCCUCUGCUGGUGGAGCACCCUGCACAUCUGACCAGAGAGCCCGUUAGUCACUUGGACAGGAUGCGGAGGUUCGCCUACUGCAAGGUGAUUUUGGCCACCUCUCUGGUGUGGGUGAUGCUGGACAUGUUCAUUCUGCUCUACUUCAGCGAGUGCAACAAGUGCGAUGACAAAAAGGAGAGAGGGCUGCCCGGGAGACAAGAUACCCUGACCAGGCCGCGGGACGGGCCCGGUGAAGGGGGGAAGCCGGUGGUGAUCCCGAAGGACAACCAGGAGAAGAUGAAGGAGAUGUUCAAGAUCAACCAGUUCAACCUCAUGGCCUCGGAGAUGAUUGCUCUCAAUCGGUCACUGCCUGACGUCCGCCUGGAGGGGUGCAAGAACAAGCUAUACCCCGAUAAUCUUCCUCGUACCAGCGUGGUGAUUGUAUUUCACAACGAGGCGUGGAGCACACUGCUGCGCACCGUCCACUCCGUCAUCGACCGCUCUCCACACACUCUGCUGGAGGAGAUUGUCCUGGUGGACGAUGCCAGCGAGAGAGAUUUCCUGAAGCGGCCCUUGGAGCAGUACGUCAGGAGGCUGGAAGUCCCGGUCAGAGUGGUGAGGAUGGAGCAGCGGUCUGGUCUUAUUCGCGCUCGUCUUAAGGGAGCGUCGCUCUCCACGGGCCAGGUCAUAACCUUCCUGGAUGCUCAUUGUGAAUGCACAACAGGGUGGCUGGAGCCUCUGCUCGCCCGCAUCAAGCAAGACAAGAGUACGGUGGUGUGCCCCAUCAUCGAUGUGAUCAGUGAUGACACGUUCGAGUACAUGGCGGGAUCCGACAUGACGUACGGGGGCUUCAACUGGAAGCUCAACUUCCGCUGGUACCCUGUACCGCAGAGAGAGAUGGACCGCCGCAAAGGAGACCGCACGCUGCCCGUCAGGACCCCCACCAUGGCAGGCGGCUUGUUCUCCAUAGACAGAGAUUAUUUCCAGGAGAUCGGCACUUAUGACGCGGGCAUGGACAUCUGGGGAGGAGAAAACCUGGAAAUCUCUUUCAGAAUUUGGCAGUGCGGUGGGACUCUAGAGAUUGUCACAUGCUCUCACGUGGGCCAUGUGUUCAGAAAGGCAACUCCCUACACGUUUCCUGGAGGAACGGGACAGAUCAUCAACAAAAACAACCGACGCCUGGCAGAAGUCUGGAUGGAUGAAUUUAAAAACUUCUUCUACAUCAUCUCCCCCGGUGUGACCAAAGUGGACUACGGUGACAUCACGUCUCGCACGGGUCUGAGACAAAAGCUCCAAUGUAAACCCUUCAGCUGGUACCUGGAGAACGUCUACCCCGACUCUCAGAUCCCCAGACACUAUUACUCCUUGGGAGAGAUCCGUAAUGUGGAGACCAACCAGUGCCUGGACAACAUGGCCCGCAAGGAGAAUGAGAAAGUCGGCAUUUUCAACUGCCACGGCAUGGGAGGCAACCAGGUUUUCUCUUACACGGCCAAUAAGGAGAUCAGGACAGACGACUUGUGUCUCGACGUGUCCAAACUAAACGGACCCGUCAUGAUGCUCAAGUGCCAUCACCUCAAAGGCAACCAGCUCUGGGACUACGACUCCGUGAAGCUGAGCCUGAUCCACGUCAACAGUAACCAGUGUCUGGACAAGGCCAACGAGGAGGACAGCCAGGUGCCCUGCGUCAAAGACUGCACACACACACGCUCCCAACAGUGGCUGCUGCGCAACGUCACACUACCGGAAGUCUUCUGACCACACUCCGCACACUCCCAAACACACACACUCAUACACACAGCGGCCCAGAGUGAGCAAUCAGAGGAACAGACGUGUUUAUUAUUACAUUCGGGCACAAGGAAAGUAAAGACUUCCCACGAGGGGAUUUGCGAAGAGAGGAGGACGCAUUGGACAGUACUACCUCUGCCAGAGAUCACAGGGAGGAGCGUGUUUGACCCUCCUCAAAGCGAGAGAAGAGGAAAGACUCCCUCUCGGAGACGAUGGCUGUUGUUUUACAUUUGUUUUUUGUUUUUUUAAAGAGAAUUUAAACUGAAGAGAGUGACUCGCUCGCUGGGCGCGGAUAUGAGACCAGAGGUUUCACUCACAGCUUCCCUGGACACAGCAGUCCACCCUUCAACUCAUCACGUUUACUGACUGCUGAGUGUGUGUGUGUGUGUGUGUGUGUGUGUGUGUGUGUGUGUGUGUGUGUGUGUGUGUGUGUGUGU